AUGUUUCUCCUUUGCCUUGGAGUUGAAGGAGUUCAACUAUUUUUUGGUACAAAGGGAAACCUCUGCCAACAAAAGAUGCCACUUGGCGCUAGCAUGGCCUUGCCCUUCCCAUCUGUUACGGUGACCUCCUAUUAUCUGCCAUAGACCUAUGUGCUCCUGGAAGCCAUCACGAACAGCAUCUCGUUCUUCUUCUGUGGCUCAGAGCUGCUGCCUGAGGUGUUCACCCUGAAGGCCUUCUCCAGUAUGGACCAGAUUGGGAGUACAAACAUUUCAUUCAGCAGCCCUCCACGGGAUGAGACCAUAGAUAUUUCCACUCUUUAA